GUAGCCAUCUUGUGUACGGCAAAGGAAGAGCCGCCGUUAGCUUGAGAUUUCUACAAACAGCAAAGACCAACAAACAGUCAGUAUACCACGAACAGACCGUCUUAAAGUGUGAAACAGCUAGCGAACAUGUAUUUUUAUGUCUCAAGAUGUCUCUCCGGCGCGUUUUAAGGAGGAUUUGUGUUUUUGAAGACAAGGGAGUGUUUAAAACUGAAGGCACCUCCUAAGACUCGAGUGACUGGAGUUUCAUUCGCGACAGCGGCCUGAGGGAAACUCUCACACCGGGACAUGGCCUUAGUUUAGGCCACGGAAAUUAAGGAUACGGCAUCGGAGAGGUUAAACACAGCUGAAGAAAAGCUGUCGUCGUGUUUUAAAGGACUAAAAUGCAGCCAUGAGGACGCGCGCGCACUGACAGCUCUGAGGGAGUCUGAAGUUAGCGCGACUCUAACGGAAUAUUUUAUGAUAUAUUUUCAUAUAACUUCUGUUAGUGCACUUGAAGCUUGACGCUUCCACCUAAUCCGUUAAAGUCGGAGUUACACACUCAAAGCGGCCACAAUGUCAAAAAUGCUGUCGAAAAAGAAGAGCUGUUUUCAGAUCACGAGCGUAACGCAGGCGCAGGUGGCGGCCAACAGCAUCACCGACGACACCGAGAGCUUGGACGACCCGGAGUCCAGAACCGAAGACAUGUCCUCCUCGGAGAUAUAUGACAUAUCUAAAAGCGGAGAUUUUGAGGCGGAAACAUACGAGCCGCUACAUAACGACUCGGAAACAUCUGGCGCGAGUGUUUCGCUCGUGCAAGACGGUCUCGCAGCAUCUGGUUCUUGUAACACAGGUGCUAUUCAUAUGAACCCUAAUGUUCGUGGGGCUCUAGGGCAGAUGAGCCCUGCUGCUGGGUCUUCCCAGCACUCACCUUCAGUUAUGGCUAGUGUUGCACCAUGCUGCAUGGCACAGGCAUCUACAUCAGUUAGCAGUUCUGCUACAGUUAGUAGUUGCAGUUCUCGUUUCAGGGUCAUCAAACUAGACCAUAGUACAGGGGAGCCCUUUAAAAGAGGUAGAUGGACUUGCAGUGAGUUUUACGAAAAAGAAACGGAUGUUUCUUCAUCCAGUCGGACUGUGGAUAAUGUUAAACAUGCUGGCACUUUGGACCACAAUGCGGACAAGGAUGGACAUGGAAAUGCGGGGGGUUUGGUGGCUUCACCAGUUGUGCUUUCAGUACCUGCAGCAGAACCUCAUACUGACAGCGGUUAUGCAUCUAAUCCUUCUAUAGAGCUUCAACAUCAAAGUUAUGGCAUUUCGCAGCAGGGAUUAGGCCUCGCAACCCAUAGUUUUUUUCCGGUGGGGACCGGUAGUGCGCAUAUUCAUCAUGUCAAAUCUCCCAGCAUGCCUUCUACAACUCAACCACAGCCGAUAUACCAAGGUAAACGGGCACAAAAUCCCAGUAACAUCCUUGCAUCAAAUCAGCCAGACUUCAGAUCCCAGCAUCCCUUAGAUGGCUCCUCAUUGACCUCCCCGCCGCUCGGGGUACCAUUGAAUCCGUGCCCCUCACCUGUCAUGACACCUGCAGUGGGAGGCUCUCAUAUACUGGGAUUAGUUUCUCAGUCUGUGGACGCGAAGGGGCACGGCAGAGGUCCAGAGCACAUUCAGGGGCUUCUACAACAGCCAGGCAUUGGCGCGGCUCUAGGGACUGUGUCAGUCCCAUCUGGCGUUCCACAGGCAUCAGUGCCACUCGUUCAGUCAGUGGUGGCUGUGUCUGCCAUCCCCCAUACUGUUGUCCCUGGUGUACAAAAUGUGCCUGUUGUUAUGUCCAGUGCCUCUAAUACCGCUCACAGCAUGCCAAACCAGACUCCGGGCCCGGCUGCACAGCCCCAACAGAACCAGCUUCAGGGAAUCCCCAGCGGUUUAGUGGUGGGACUGGGCACCCCGUUCGGCUUUAGCCAGAUUCCCACCGGCAUCACUCCGGCUGAAGAUAACCAGAGGAAGUCUGAAGCGCUACCUCAGAGCUCUUUCAUCAUAGGAAAAGAUGCCACAAAGACCCUGAAUGCCCAUGGCUUGCAGCUUUCCACACCUGCUGUCAACAGUCUGUUCGGAAUAUCUAUUCCCAUAGAUGGGGAUGAAGACAGUGCCUCUGGCGCCAGUGUUGUUGCCAUUGAUAACAAGAUAGAGCAAGCUAUGGAUCUCGUGAAAAGCCAUUUAAUGUACGCUGUGCGCGAGGAGGUGGAGGUCUUGAAGGAACAGAUCAAGGAGCUGUAUGAAAGGAACUCUGUUCUGGAAAGAGAAAAUGCAGUAUUAAAAUCUCUGGCUAACUCUGAACAGUUGACUCCAUUCAACAACCCCGGAAGCACUUCUCCCCAACAGACAGCAGUGAACGCCAUCUUACAGGAGGGAAGCAAACUCGUGGCCUUGCCCCCACAACCCAACGUAUCCACAGUGUGAAAAACUCAUCACCAUAGACUUGUAUAAAGAAAUGCACAAACAUUUUGCAAUCAGCAAAAGAGAUUUUGGUUUUGGUCUUGUUUGCCAUGUCGUGGAGAGCCAUGCUUCGAUUUCACAUGCUGCGAUUUUACAUGCUGCGAUUUUACAUGCUGCUUGGCUUUCCCAGUAUUAGACAAUCAUUUUGGGAAAAGCUCGCGUUUGGCUUGAAGAGGGUUGCGGCAGGUUGUCCCGGGCACGGGCUGAUGGGAGGUAUGAGAGAACGGGAAAGGGAAGUUGAGAUAGCCAUUUAGCAGGAGGCCUCCAGUGUGCGUCUAUUCCUAGACUUUGCGGUUGAAGACAAACACUGAUGUUGUAACUAGCACGGAAAGGAUGGGAGUUUUGCCAGAGCUAACGUUCUACAGCAUGUUUUUUUAGUUUUACAGUUUGCAUAUAUUUAUUAGAGGGCUGCUAUUUUCAUAAUGUAAAUGAAAAAUAUGUAACAGAGGUCUAUUAUAUAAAGAAACUUUCCAUUGGUUUGGAAAUUGUAAAAUAGAUGUUAAAGCAUCGACAACUUUGUUUGGCAAUAAUAAUCCCAUGGCACAGUUCCAUCUGGAAAGGCUGAAUAAUCUUUGCUAUCGUUGAUAUACAGUCCUGUAUAGUUGGAUGGAUUGGGGUUGAAUGUAUAUGUGUAUAGAUUGUAAAGUAUUAUAACCAGUUGUACAGGUGAGCACCAGUUAUCAAGUAUUUCUCUAAUUUUAAGUAUACCGUACUUCCCCAACAUUCUUCACUUAUAAUUUUAUCUGAAAUACCAUUUUAAAAAACCUGGGAUGGGGAAAAAGCUGUGAAUUUGUUCAUACAAACGUAUUUGUAACCAAAGAAGAAAAACUGUAGAUUUGUUUUGUAAUGCACACUUUCUGACUUUUGUUUGUCUUUACUUUGCCAUGUCAAGAAAUCUUUUGUUUGCUGGUUGGCAUGUUCUGCAUGAUCUUUCAGACUGUUUUCUUACCUCAUUUUUUUUUUAUUCAACAUAACUUAAAGUCUGUGAACCAUAUUUGAGUAUGGACGGUGAAGGGUAAUUUCUGGCCCCGGUAAUGCAACCCUGAUAAUGGGAAAAAACGAGCCAUCUUGUUUAAUUGCGUUGUGUUGACAUACAUCAAAUGUUUAUUAAAUUGCAGAAAAUGUACAAAAUACAGUAUUUCCAGGAGUAGUUUACACUGAUUGUUAAACUUACACAUAAAAGGUAAAAUUGUCAUCCCAAACAAUCAGUAGAAAUCAAUUUGUGAAAGUUUGCAGUUCACAGAAAUAGUCAUUAUUUUGGUAUAGGGCAUGUCCUUUGUUUUUAAUGUCUUUUGUGCCUCUUGUAUGAUGCGCUUUACAGCAGUCUGGUUUAUUUUUGCCCGUCAGAGCCAAACAUAAAUUGUACAUCAGCCGGCGAA